AGCAACUCCGAGCCAAGGAAGACUGAUCACAUUUAACAGCGCAGCGUCACUCCCAAUAGGUACCUGUAUUAGCCUAUAGUCUACCCCGGCUUUGCCAGUCGUGAUACACAUUUUAUCCAUAAUUUAUGACGUUUUUUCUAGCCUUUUAUUGGAGGAUGAAUAACAUUGUCAGAAUAUAUUUUUCUAGAUAGAGAACCCGUUCUUGGUCGAGAUGUGGGUACAUCGUUAAAGGGGUCCCCCGCGGCUCUCUGUAAUUGUCACCUGCAGUUGAUCCACCAAUAGUUUUUUUUGUUUUUGUUUAUUCAACGGUGUUGCUCCAUGCAAAUCCCGGGGACUAUGUGAGCAUCAUGCUGGCGGUGCGAUGCCUGGUGUUCGCUGCAGUGAGUGCGCGGUUUGCCGUGACAGGCUGGAGCAGCUCGGUGAGCGAUAGAGAAGCAGGAGAGACGUGGGAAUGGCAGCCCGCGGAGGAGCAGGGGGGCCGGGGACCUGCUGUGGAGGAAGUCACUCAGCCCAAGCGGCUCCUGCAACAGAUCGACACGGAGGGAGAGCUGGUUCACCGCCAUCUGGACACUCGAGUCAAGAACUACACCGAGGGAGCACAGCCUGUCCAUCUAGCCCAGAGCAGUUUCCUGGUGGAGGCCUUUGGCAAAUCUUUCAUCCUGGACUUGGAGCUGAACCACAAUCUCCUGUCUUCGGAUUAUGUGGAGCGGCACUUUGACGACAAAGGGAGACCGUCUCAGAAUAUGGGAGGGGAACACUGUUACUACCAUGGGUGGCUGAGGGGGGUACCAGGCUCGUGGGUAGCUCUCUCUACCUGCCAUGGAUUACGUGGGAUGUUUUCCGAUGGGAACUUUUCCUAUGGGAUUGAGCCUGUUCUCAAUACCAGUGAUGAGGAGCAGAACGAUCACGUGGUGUAUCGAAUGCCUGACCUGGACCUGCUACUGUCACUGCAAUGUCCAGGUUGCUCAUUGAACAGCAGUGACACUGAAGGGAACUCUGAAAAUGACACUGACCCUGCUGGUGAUGAUGAUGGUAUCUUGUCAGAGCCGGAGGAGCCAAUCUUCACAGAGGAAGGGUUGAGACGUACAAAGAGACAGGUCAGACGCGGACAACGCACGGUCCAGACCGAGACCAAGUACAUCGAGCUGAUGGUGGUGAACGAUCACGACCUGUUUGUGCAGCUGCGUCGGUCGUCGUCGCAGACGAGGAACUUUGCCAAAGCGGUCGUCAAUAUGGCAGACGCGAUCUACAAGGAGCAGCUCAACACGCGGAUAGUGCUGGUUGCCAUGGAGACGUGGUCAUCCCAGAACAUGGUGUCCGUGGGCGAUGACCCUUUGCUGACCCUGAGGGACUUUAUGAAGUACAGGAAGGAGAGCAUCAAGGAGCACAGCGAUGCCACACACCUCUUCUCGGGGAGGACCUUCCAGAGCAGCCGCAGUGGCACAGCCUACAUCGGGGGUAUCUGUUCCCUAACGCGGGGAGGAGGUGUCAACGAGUACGGAAACGUGGGUCCCAUGGCCAUCACCUUGUGUCAGAGCCUGGGGCAGAACAUUGGCAUGAUGUGGAACAAGGAGCACCCCACGGCUGGGGACUGCAGGUGUCCCGACCCAUGGCUGGGCUGCAUCAUGGAGGACACCGGCUACUAUCUUCCUAGGAAGUUCUCUCGCUGCAGUGUGGAUGAGUACCUUCGCUUUCUCCAGCAGGGUGGGGGCAGCUGCCUCUUCAAUAAGCCCAGCAAUCUGCUGGACUCUCCAGAGUGUGGCAAUGGCUUUGUGGAGGUGGGGGAGGAGUGUGACUGUGGAUCCCAUGUGGAGUGUGCACGGAGUGGAGGAGCCUGCUGUAAGAAGUGCACCCUGACCCACAAUGCCAUGUGCAGCAAUGGCCUCUGCUGUGGAGAUUGCAGGUACGAGCUCAGGGGGGUGACGUGUCGCGAAGUGACCAACGACUGUGACGUCCCGGAGACGUGUCCCGGAGACUCCAGCCAGUGUCCUCAUAAUGUCCACAAACUGGAUGGCUACAUGUGUGAUGCUGGCCAGGGUCGUUGUUUCGGAGGUCGUUGUAAGACCAGAGAUGGACAGUGCAGGAGUCUCUGGGGCCACAACUCAGCCGACCGUUUCUGCUAUGAGAAGCUGAACGCCGAGGGCACAGAGAAGGGCAACUGUGGCCGUGACACCAGUGGCCAGGGCUGGGUGCAGUGCAACAAGCAGGAUGUGCUCUGUGGGUUCCUGCUGUGUACUAACAUGUCUGCUAAGCCGAGGUUUGGAGAUUUGCAGGGGGACCUCACCAGCCUAACCAUCUACCACCAGAACAGAUACCUGGACUGCCGUGGUGGCCACGCGGUGCUGGAGGAUGGCUCAGACCUGGGCUAUGUGGAAGACGGGACGCCCUGCGGUCCCAACAUGAUGUGCCUGGACCGCCGCUGCCUACCCGUCCCCACUUUCAACCUCAGCACCUGCCCCGGAUCCAGCCCUGGAUCACGCAUCUGCUCCCACCAUGGGACCUGCAGUAACGAGGUGAGGUGUAUUUGUGACCCGGACUACACUGGGAAAGACUGCAGCGUCUAUGACCCCAUCCCUGACCCCACCCCUCCAGAGGGCCCUGAGAAAUAUAAGGGUCCCAGUGGCACCAAUAUCAUCAUAGGCUCCAUCGCAGGGGCAAUUCUGUUGGCAGCUAUAGUCCUAGGGGGAACAGGAUGGGGAUUUAAGAACAUCCGAAGAGGAAGAUCUGGAGGGGGAUGAAACAUCUGUCCAUUUGCUGUCCUGUCUUCCUUGCACGGUGUCCUAUCCACUUUGAGGAGAAAUAUCAAAGAUGUCUUCCAUUCUCUUAAACUACAACUCUCACAAUUCUCCCUGUCACGGUUCCUUUCCUUUUCAUUUUCUGUAUUUCCUGUCAAUCUUCCAUCCACAGACGUCUCACCUUUUGCCUUUGGUAGGUUUAACCUGAAAUACAUUCCCUGAAACCCUGUCAGACAAUGACCACCCAUUGUCACAUAGAACAUACAUUUGUGUUUUGUCACUAUGUUGUGUGUGGCAUAUCUUCAAUGUAACAGUUACUAUUUCAUAAUCGGCCUUCCGAUACCAUCCUAAGUUUGUCCCCAUUGACUUGCCAUAGCUUUGUUUUUCUAUAAUAACGUUUGAGGAUGUUAGAAACUUGACCAAGCUGACCAGGACAUGUAUACUCUCCAUACAAGUGCUUUUCCUGAAGUUAUAUCAGUUUGACUUACUCUUUCCUGCCAUUUAGUCUUUUCUACUGGACGAUGACAUCUUUAAAAAAGAUUGUCUGUGACGAGGGAAGAAGGAUGAAUCUGAUACUGAUAUCUAUGUAGGGUUGCUAGUGAGCUUCUAUCACUAGUUGCAAUGUACUAGUGGGGUAGUUCCAAAAUCUGACAAUAAAUACCAUACAUCCUACAACAACCAUGUAGUAGGCUGUAUGGUAAAAAAUUAAAUAAAAAAACAUAACAUAUAUGGGACCCAGCGGGCAAAGCUGGUUGAACUUAUGGCAUUACAACCUGAACAGACAUGUUGACAGUUUUUCCCGCUGUGUUGGUCAUACAAUACGUCUGGUCUCCAAAGACAGUUAUCGUAGCUCUUUGGGUAGUGAUAGUGAACUGCAAGCAGCAAAUGGAAAAAAAUGUUUUUUUUCUCCAUUAGAAAUUAGGGCAUGGUUGGUUAAUUGUGUACUCCGCUUAGCUAGGCAUUUAUAUUAACAUUCCAUAAUAACAUAGAAGAAGAAGAAGAAUUUAUAUUAAUCUAUUGUGCUGCUCUUCAGUAUCGAUCAGUAAUCUAGCGUUAAUCAAUUAUCCAACAUAAUAUGCAUAAACAAAUGAAUGUAUAGCUCAACCUUGUGAGUGGGUGAAUGCUUGUCGCAUCUCCGUGUCGACAUCAAGAGUACAUUUGUGCGGAGAUGGCUACCUAGCUAGAUAAAAUAGACUAUUGCACAGACACAUUCAGAUGUCAAAUGUGUAUUGUACUGUAUAUUAUGUAAUCCAUAUAGAGAUUGAGUGUGAAUACAGUUAUGCUGAAUAUGGGUGCUUUAGUACAUAAUAUAUAUUCUAGGCGCUCACAUGUUUUCGACAGCUGGGACAUAGUUGUAGCUGCUCAAAUGAAAGCACAAGUUUGUGAGUGUGGACUCAAACCUUUCCUCUUUUUCUGUAUCCUGCAUCCAUGGGAGAUUCUGUAUAAGCAAGAAGUUUAGACAUUUGAACUUCAUUACUAUGGUAUUUGUAUUUACAUUGACAGACUGUAAGUAUUUAAUUGAAUAGAAAUUGAACGAGAAAGUCAAAUCAAGGAGCCCUUUGAUUAAAGGGAUAGUGCACUCAAUUUGAGUGAAAUUUGCCUUUACCUAGAAUCUGUUGACUACUUUCAAGGGGAGAUGAGCUUGAAUAAGAAAAACUGUGGUAGCUUGUGUGUGCCGCUGUCUCACUCCUUCCUCUCAGUACCUAUGAAAGAGGAUUGUUGUAGGUUCAGAGUGUAUUCUUCGUGUCACGGAACACAGACCUGCCACUCCAUUAAAGGGACAGAUAAUUUUUUAAGUUACACUGCCAGCCUAAAGUAGAAUCAAGUAAACUUGAACUCUAUUUAAUCUGUAUUUCUGUGUAUUCAAAAAUGUUAGUCAAGAAUGGACAUUUCAGGAAGCUUACCACCACAGUCUACAUACUCUUGUUGUUCACCUCCUCAAAGGAUAUCGCAAACAAUUGUAAGCUUUUAGACUUAGAAUGUAAAUAUUUCUGGUGUAUAAAACAAUUCGUAUGACCUUAACAUUUUUGAAUACCAUGGCCUGUUGGUAUUCUUGUGGAGGUGUCUCUGUCGUAUUGUUAUUGUAUAGUUGCCAUUGACUAAUGUUGGGGAGUUCGCUGAAUGAAAAUGAAGCCUGAGCCUGUUCUCAGGAUCUUCCUCUUGCCUUUAGUUAUUUUAUAUGUUUAAUGUAGGCUGUUUGUUCAAACUCUGGGUUGCUUAAUAGGCUACCGUGUCUUUUGGCCACUAUACCUGGCCAAUUUGGGAUUUUUUAAUGUAGAUAUUUUACAUUCCAAGGGUAAGAUGACAAAAUAGCCUUUAAAAGUUGAACCUGGACAACUUACCAUGCCACUGUCGAUGAAAACACCUACCGGGAACAGACUACAUCUUAAUAUCUAUCAUCCUGUCUGAAAGAGUAACUGUAGACAUGACUGGUUCUGUCAUCAUUUGUUGCUGGCCUUUAGUGUGCUUUGUACAUCCUGACACAGCUUCCCUAAGAUCUGCCUUGGAGGCCAGUGAACCUUUUCUCAGUCCAACAGGAUACUCAGAGUGCUCUUUACAGGGUUUAAUGCUCUUUUUGUAGAAAUAAGAGAAUGCCGGUUGAUAUUAAAGUUAUCCCUAUGUAAGAUUCCUAAUAGUUACACCAAGCCUCCAGGUUAAGUCUGGCUUUACAGUUAAAAUGAUACAGUAUGUGGUCGAGCCAAUGGGUAAUUGGGAAAUUGUGAUAUAAUGACGUAUGUCAUUAAAUAGGCUUGCCAGUUCAAAUAUACUGCCACAUAUUUUGCCCUGUUCCUAUUCAGGGAACUUGUUCACACUAGUGUUUCUUGGUAACCGUACAUCCCUAAAAGUGUGUUAUGUGUAAACAGGAUAGGGAUAUAGAAAAUAAAUUAUGAAUGCUGGAAUUUUUUUGAUUUUAUUUCUGUUUUCCCUUUACACUGACACAAAAUUACCCUUUUUCUCAGGCUACUAUCCGUUAUGCUGUUAGAUAGAGUAGCUAUGUAGAUUUAGCAGAGCUUUGUCUAAACUAUAUUAUGGAAGUGAUCAAAUAUGAUGAUUUGUUUGUUGUUUUGGGACCAUUAAUACACUGAGCACUGUGUUAUCGGAAAUUCUUGAAUUUAGUAGACCGUUUAGGAGUAGACCCCACCAAAAAAUUGGGAGUUGACCAAAAGACUGCUUUGGGUUUGACCAAAAGACUGCUUUGGGGUUAAUUCAAAGGUAGUUUCGGGGUUGACCAAAAACCUGUUUCAGGGUUGACCAGAAAUGUGUGAACAAUAUCCUUGUUAGCACAACAUUUUAAGCGAAAAUACUUGCUGUCCUUCUAGUGGAGACAGAUUAAUACAGGCGAUUGGUUGACAUUAAUGAAGAGAUAAUAGCCAAAUGGCCCUCUGUCAUCCAAAUGUUUGAUCUCUUUAGUCUAAUUUCUGGUUUUGAAUUUGACCCCCACACAGUCUUGGCAGUCUUACCAACCCUCCUGAGUAGAGCACUUAACAGCCUUUGUAUGAGUGGAAUAGCAUCGACUGUACAUAUAAACAUAAUCUAUGUGUAUGUACAAAUCCAUUUGUAUUUGUACAUAGGCAUUAAUUUGACUUGUAUAAUAUAUGCAGAGGUAUACAUAAAACCAUUUAUAUUGGACUGACCUAUCAAAUACCAGUGUACUUUGAUAACCUGCAGUAUCUUUAAAUAGCAGACUUGAAACCCAACAGUGCAAAUUUGUACAUUUUGUGUAUAAUCAGCUUAACUGUGCAUUGCUUCCUGACCUAGUGUUUCCAGGUUACGUAUUGCAUGUAAAUUAUAUAGAAUAAUGUCGCUUUGAGGUUAUUUACUUUUGGUUUACUGUUUAGGACUUGAGUUCGACUUAUCCUUUUUUUCAUGUGUGUUGUGUGCAAAUUCUGGAGCUUUUAUUUUUUUUAAACCUCCCUGCAACUGUAUAUUUGAAUCAUAGUUCUGGAACAGAUAUCGAUUAUUGACUUCAUAUAUUUUUAAAGACCUAAUAGGAGCAGGUGAUAACAUUUAACUUAUUCAAUGAUGAGAAAAUGGGGAAGAGAAAUAAAAUUGAAGUGUGAAAA